AUGACGUCCUCAGUCUUCGUCAAGUUUAUGUCGCAGAAGGAGCCGCGGCGAAUAGAAUUCGAUGGCACCGGCAUAUCUGUUUUUGAGCUGAAGCGCGACAUUAUUGUCAAGAAUGGCCUCGACAGGAGCGGAACUGAUUUCGACCUUGCCCUUUACAACGAAGACGGAACUGAAGAAUACGAUGAUGACACUUCUGUCAUUCCCCGUUCGACCACAGUCCUUGCCAGGCGUCUCCCUGCCAUGCGGCCUGGCGCUGGACGGGCAGCACGCUAUGUCUCUGGAAAAAUGCCCGCGAAUGCGAAGAAUGCUUCUAGGCGAGAGCAGGCUACCAAAGCAGCAGCAGCAGCCAAGUCCCAAUCCGAUGCCAUCGCCAAGAUGGCCUCCGCUAUGACCGAAGAGGAGAAGAUGAUGGCCAUGUUUGCAGCGCAGGGAGCGGAAUGGACUGCUCAACAGGAAGAGAUGUCCCACCAGACACCUGUCUACAAGCCAGGCUCCAAGAAACCUGCCAACGUCCCCGAUCACGAGCCUCCUAAUGGUUACGUCUGCCAUCGAUGCGGCGAGAAGGGUCAUUGGAUUCAGCAGUGCCCGACCAAUGACAACCCCGAGUAUGACAACCGUCCCCGCGUCAAGCGAACUACUGGCAUUCCCAAGUCAUUCCUGAAGACCGUGGAUAAGGCAACCGUCCUUGCUCAAGGGGCGGACGGUGACGAAUCCAAGACGCCUGCUGGGAUCAUGGUGAAUGCGGAUGGAGAGUUCGUGAUCGCGGAGCCCGAUAAGGCAUCGUGGCAAAAGUUUCAGGCCAAAGCGCAGGGCUCUGCCGAGGCAAAGAAGAUUGCUGCCCAGGGUGAGAAAGAGCUACAGGAGAGGGGCUUGGAAUGCGACAUCGACAACAAAAUGUUCAUAGACCCAAUGAAGACACCCUGUUGUGCGAAGACGUAUUGCAAUGACUGCAUUACUAAUGCGCUCAUCGAGGGCGACCUGGUUUGCCCAUCAUGUCAGACGGAAGGCGUUCUUAUCGACGAUCUGAAGCCUGACGAGGAGGCGACAGCUAAGAUUGAAGAGUACCUCAAGGAAAAGGAGUUGGCCAAGAAAGAGCGGUCCAAGACUCCCGAGGCAGCCAAGUCACCUGUUGCCGAGCCCCAAGAGAUCAAGAAGUCUGAAGAGCCCGUCGAUGGCACAGACGGCGCGAUAAAGGCUGAAAAGACAAAGUCACCGACGCCCCCUCCCUCCGUCAAGUCACCAGGGGCGGACGCAUCCUCCAAGUCAAUACCAGUCAAGAAGGAGGAUUCGCCCGCUGUCAAUGGCAACCUACCGAACUCAAAGAAGCGGCCAGCGGAUGAGCCCGCCGAGAACCAGCCGGACAUCAAAAUUCCCAAGGGCCCAAAGGCUAUGAUGCAGAAGCAAACCCAGAUUCAACCACAACAGCAGAUGAAUGGCAUGAUGCCCGAUUUCAUGGGAAUGAAUGGAAUGAACGGCUUCCCGCCUAUGGGUAUGCCUAUGGGCAUGAUGAACCCGAUGAUGAACCCGAUGAUGAUGAACGGCGGGUUCAAUAUGAACAACUUCAAUCCCAUGAUGAACCCCAUGAUGAAUCCAAUGAUGAUGAAUGGUGGCUUCAACAACAACAAUGGUCCCGGUAUGAACGGCGGCGGCUUUCCUACUGGACCUAGUGCUAUGAACGGUGCCAACAACUUCAACGGCCCCAUGAACGGCGGCGGUGGCCCAAUGAAUGGUGGCGGCCCCGGAUUUAGUCGCGUUCCACCCACCGGGCCUAGACAGCCGAAUUUCUCUCAGGUGCCCAAUAACAACAACAACAACAAUGACGAAGACGCGUAUUUUCGCAAGCCGGUGAACCCUCAUCGUCAUCAGAAUCGUCAGCGCCGGGUUAGGCCUAGUGACUACCGCGAGCUCUAG